GCCCCACCCACCGGCCUUUGCACAUCACUUACCACAACCUGGGCACUCCUCCACUCACCGGCAUCAUUCUCAUUUCUCCUAUUACACCUUCUCCCCCAUUCCCCAAUUCCCUGGGGGAAGCGGUGUCACUAAGGUGCCUUUGGAGGAGCUGAUCAACUUAUCUGUGUUUUGAGCUGGGAGGAAGAGACUGCCUGAUCCAGGGGAUUAGAAACUGCAGAAAGCUCUCCCUCCCCCACCCACCUGGCUUUCUGAUCCUAGUGAAGGGGAAAUAGAAGGAACAAGACUCCGGGGGUGAUCCGGGAGUGGGCAGAGCCAAGUAACUGGAGUAAGAGAAGGUGGCGAUAGUAAUUUUGCAAAGCCUUAAGCGGGGUCUUGGUGUGCACAACUUGAUUUUUUCCUUUGCCUGGAAAACACUGCAAUUCAGAGGUAAUUCAUUGGCUGUGAAGCACUUUGAGACAUUGAAGAUAUUACGUAAAGGCAGGUUAAUGCAAAACAAACUAGACAGCCUUUGUACAGCAUGGUGGUUGGAACCUUGAGACUGCAGAAACAAUUGAACAUUUUCUGCUGGCAUACUUCUGAUAUGGUCUAAAACAGAUCCACUCAAUGACAUGGCUUCAGCUGCCAUUAACAAAGAGAAUCAACAGAUCCCGAGUCUUUCUGGUGUGGACUCGGAAACCUGCACCAUUGUGUUUAAAAACCACUGGGCUCAGGUGGUAAAGAUUUUAGAAAGACACGACCCUCUGAAGAACUCCAGUGCAAAACACGGGGCUAUCUCUCCUGAUGAAGCUAGUGCUGUCCAGAAUUAUGUGGAGCACAUGAUCUUUCUGUUGAUUGAAGAGCGAGCUGAAGAUGCUGCCAUGGGUCCCAUUCUGGAGUUUGUGGUGACUGAAAAUGUCAUGGAGAAACUUUUCCUGUGGAGUCUUCGAAGGCAGUUCACAGAUGAAAUGAAAAUUGAGCAGAUAAAAAUGUAUGAAAUGUUGGUCACUCAAUGCCAUCAGCCUCUGCUGCACCACAAGCCAAUCUUGAAGCCUUUAAUGAUGAUGUUAAGUGUGUGCUCCGAGGCUACUACUCCCACUGUGGAAACGGAGCUGGUUUUAUUGCUUAAUCAGCUCUGUUCCAUCCUGGCCAAGGACCCUUCCAUCCUGGAACUCUUUUUCCACACUAGUGAAGACCAGGGAGCAACAAACUUUCUCAUCUUCUCCCUACUGAUUCCCUUCAUUCACCGAGAGGGAGGGGUAGGACAACAGGCUCGAGAUGCGUUGCUGUUUAUCAUGUCUAUGUCAGGUGAACCUGAUGUGGCAAAACAUAUCGUGGAAAAUACAUACUUCUGUCCAGUGCUAGCCACGGGACUGAGUGGCCUCUACUCCUCAUUGCCCACUAAACUGGAAGCGAAAUCUGAUGAAUGGCACUAUCUGCAGCGAGAGGACUGGAUGCAUAUUCCUGCACUGGUACAGUUCAUGAACUCCCUGGAGUUCUGUAAUGCAGUAAUACAGGUGGCUCACCCCAUGAUACGCAAUCAACUUGUGAACUAUAUCUACAAUGGAUUCCUUGUGCCUGUCAUGGCACCUGCACUUCAUAAAAUGACUGUGGAAGAAGUUAUGACUACGACAGCGUACCUGGAUCUGUUCCUCCGCAGCAUCUCAGAGCCCGCGCUGCUGCAGACCUUCCUGAGCUUCAUUCUGCUGCAUGAGCAUGAAAAAGUGCCGAUUUUAGAUACGCUUGUCAGCCGAAUUAACACCCCCUUUCGAUUGUGUGUCGUAUCUCUGGCCCUGUUCAGAACCCUUAUCAAUCUGAAUUGUGAGGAUGUUAUGUUGCAGCUUGUCUUGAGGUAUCUAAUACCAUGUAAUCACAUGAUGUUGAGCCAACGUGGGGCAGUGAAGGAAAGAGACUGCUACUCUGUGUCUGCUGCCAAGUUGCUUGCCUUAACUCCAGCCUGCUGUAAUUCUGGUAUCCGGAUGACCCAUGGAGAACAUAAGGGUGAUUGCUCUCUCGGAUCAAAGGUCCCCGAUCCAUCCCAUACUGCCACUGCAGGUUCUGAGGGAAUUGUGGAAUGUGCACAGAUUCCAGGGGAUUGGACCAGACUCCGAAAACCACUAGAUAUCAGUUACUUGCAGUACCUGUGGGAGGCUCGGGUUAACAUCACCGCCUGUAUGAAAAACUGCAGAGUGUGGUCUGCACCUUACGAUGGGGAAAAUCCAGAUGCUGAAGUUGUUUCCUUGAUAUUGCCAGAGGACACCAGCAAACUCAGCAGCAAAACAUCAACUAAAGGCCAACAUAGUUCUGUUAUCAGGAGGAGCAGGCUGAAAUCCAGUUCCACCAGGGAAAAAAUGCAACUGGACCUGGAAUGGGACAACAGCUAUGACACUGGAAUGUCUCCAGGAUCUGAUGAAGACUCCAUGCAACCUUUUUUGCCUUUUGCAAUUAAGCAGGAAACUGGGAACACUACACAAACAUUAGAUCCUCCCAAGCACAUUCAGGAGAUGAAGAAAAGUGCAUUAAUGAUCAUUAGAGGCUCUUACAUUGAGGAAUCAGAUUUCCACGAUGAUGUCAUGGUUUAUAGACUCUGUGCAGAAAAAGACGCUCAGGAUAAUGUUGAAAGUUCUGCUAAAAAUAUCAGAAGAUCAGCCUGUGUGAAAGGUGCAGAUCAGAAAACAGUGUUGAAAGACGGGCCUGCCAAUAGGACAUUGCAGAGCAUUGCUUCAGAGAAGCAAACUGCCGUGAGUGUCAGGCCUGAGCAAGGCACAGAAAUGGAGCAUUCGGGACAGGGACCCGCACAAAAAGAAAAGAAACAGGCAGAUGGUUUGUAUGUAUCAAAUACCGAGUCCAAGUGUUCCAACCAGCAUACAUUGAAUGUAGAGACUGAUGAUUUCCUUUCACAGUAUCAGGAUCUGCUUGCAAAGCUAAACUCUAAUCCUGGUGAUUCAGUAAUACUGAAGCAGAACUCAUCUGAACCCAGCACUCCUACAGAAGAGGAAGAUGAUUUUGAGAAGUUCUCUGAGCCCCCCCUUUCCGACAGUAUAACUUUUCCAUUUGGUCCGAAAGUUCACCUCAUGUAUUCCAAUAAUCCUGUUAGAAUACAUGGAGCGCCAUUCACAGGACCAUUCAUCAGCGUUUUAUUGUCAAAGCUGGAGAAUAUGCCAGAAAAUGAAUUGCACGUAAACUUGCUGCUUACUGGGAUUGUUGCUCAACUGGCUUGUUAUCCACAGCCCCUCCUCCGUUCUUUCUUGCUCAACACUAACAUGGUGUUUCAGCCCAGUGUACGCUCACUAUAUCAGGUGCUGGCAUCUGUAAAAAAUGCAAUCGAGCAGUUUGCUUCUACAAGGGAAAACUUCUCAUUAUUCCUGACUGAAACUCGAGAAUAUCUGCUCUCUCGGGUAGAGAUCUCCACUUCACGCAAGGGGCUAUUCACAGUCGAAGAAAUUAAGCACAGUCAAGGUGUUGCAGAAAAUGGACACAGGCCUCAAGGUAUUGCCCAAGAUCCACAGCAGCUGCUUUUAAGUAAGCCAGUGGCAGCUCCUCAAGUUUCCUCACAUGUGAAAAAUUCUAUCAAUGCAGCUGUCAUCUUCACAGAAUUUCUUAAGGAGCUUGCAGCCAUUGCACAGGAACAUUCCAUUUUAUCUCACACUCUGCUGGAAGAAUGUGAAGAAUAAUUCUGAAGUGAUUUUAAUGCAAAUGAUGCAUUCUACUUUUUAAACCUUUUCCAAAGUAAUAAUGUAUUUCUAUCUGGCCUUAACCACAGUGAGAUUGGAUUGGAGUGAAGAGAGAAAGAGUGGAACUAUUUUGCCUCAAUGUAACGAUACUGGGAAAUUUCAGAAAACUUUGAUUUUUAAAUGCAGUGGCCUUAUUGUCAUAGAAAAUGCACAAAUGAAAUAGUCUCUAUGCAAUCUCCAAUGUAUGAAAAUUUUUAUGCAGACAAAAACAUUUAAAUGUCAAAGGAUAUGUGAGUAUAUAUAAAUAUUAUAAACAUACAAACACACACUUCUGGUAGUUUGUGGAUUUGAGACGU